AUCUUCAACAUCGCCAUGGAUGGGCUUGUAGACCAGUCAAGCAGACUGGCCUGCGCAAGUUGUAGGAGCCAGAAGAGGAAAUGCACACGUGAACUUCCUUCGUGCCAUCUUUGCCGAAAAAACGGCCGGCCAUGUGUGUAUCCCGGGAACCAGGCCACAGGAGGCGGACAUCAACAUCGCGUGUCGACUCCCUCACAAAACACCUUCCCAGCUCUCUUCUUCCUGGACUCAUUUACCUUCAAGCAACGGGGAUCCACAAUCUCAAGUCCUCCAGCAUCUGCCCUUCCUCAGGAGUUUCUGCAGAUGAUAGGCAAAACCCCGGAACAACUGGCCUAUGUUGUCGACUCAUUUUUUGCGAUGAUUCAUCCUGUCUUUCCCAUUGUCUCCAAAAGGACCUUGUACCAACAGAUAUCCUCUGAAGGGCAUCACUCUCCUGACAUCAUACUACUCCUUCAAUGCAUGGAGAUCUUGCUACCCAAUAGGGAUGAAGCUGUCAUCGAUCAUCGAGCGCAAUAUCGCAAAGCAAAACAAUGCCUACAUCUCGUAGAAGACCAAGGCAUCAUUUCAAUGCGUGUUCUCCAGGCAGCUUUGCUAUUAUCCUUAUAUGAAGCAGGCCACGCCAUAUUCCCGGCUGCAUUUCUAUCGAUUGGUCAUUGCGCUCGAAUAGGCCACGCCAUUGGAAUUCACGACCGGCGCGGUGUUUCACAGAUGUUUCCAUCAACAAUGUCUUGGACUGCAACCGAGGAGAUACGCCGCACGUGGUGGGGUGUAAUAAUUUUAGACCGAUUUAUCAAUAUUGGCCUUCCAGAUAGGCCAUUCGCCUCUAUCGACGCAUGCCCUGAAGACCUUCUACCCAUGGAUGAAAUAUUAUGGGAUCUUGGUGAGCAAACGGUCGUUCCGUCGCUGGCUGUUUCUAGCAGCACCGACUUGCCUGCACCCCCGCUCGCCAGAACAUGUCAAGCAGCACAUUUGCUUUCCAGAGUCCUAUCCCAUAUUGGCACAAGCCAAAGCACAAGAAGCCCAGAACAGUAUUACUCUGAGGCGCUUCAGCUUCAUGGAAUCCUCUCCUCUUUCAAGCUGGCACUAGACCAAGAAGUGAAGAGAGAGGAGCCUCAUGCGUUCCUUGUCUAUUCACCUGCUCAGGGGCUUUGCUUCAGUGCUAUUAUUGCGUUAUGUGACAACCACACCUGCGCUGACUUGGAUGACCUGUCGGGUGUUGGCACCCCAGAGCAGCUGAAGAUGCAAGAGACAGCCCUCAAUACCUUGCAUGAGAUUGGAGCAUCAGUCUGGCAAUUUGCUUCGCAUUUGGUUAAUCUCCUUGAGCCACAAGGGAGUCAAAUCACCAUCAGUCCCUUCGCGGCCCAAUGUCUCUAUGCCGCUGCCACUCAAUACCAGUGGUAUAUUGAGGAGACUGGAAAAGUUGACCUGAAGGCGGCAGUCGACUUACUGAAGCAUGCAUUGGGAUUGAUUGGACGGUCUUGGAAAGUUGGAGAGAAAUAUUGCAAGAUUCUUGAGGGGGAGAGGGUGUAA